GCGUGCUUUAUAUGUGCGAGUGUGGGUAGCUUUGAGGUGACAGUGGACUAGCUUUCACACAACAAGGAAGUGGAAGACAUGUCCGACGACUGAAGGCACAAACAAAGCCGGACCCGUCGACUUUCCCGCCGAGAGUCCGGAUUCGUCCUCUGUACAGCUCCAGUGCUCACGGUUUCAACCAUGUAUCCUCAUGUUGACGAUCUCAAAGCAGCUUCCUCUGAGAUGGAGUUGAGCCAAGGCAGCACCACCGUGUGUGUGUGUACCCCAUCAGCCUCCUGAGCCCACAUUUGCUGCCCAUCACUGUCGUCAAUAUUUGUUCCCAAACAUGGCCACUGUUCCUCCUGGGAUCCGCCUGCUGGUGUCCUUCGACAGGGACCAGUGGUACAGAGCUCUCACUUUCAUCCUCACCUUCCUGCUCUACACCAGCUUCCACCUCUCCAGGAAACCCAUUAGCAUCGUCAAGAGUGAGCUCCAUAAGAACUGCUCAUCAGUCAAUGAGCUAGCCACCGGGGCCUCCAGCGGCCAGCAGCCCUCACCAACAUUUCUCCACCCCGACACUGACUGUAGCUGGAAGCCUUUUGAUAAAAGGAACUACAAACAGCUGCUGGGAGCCAUGGACUACUCCUUCCUCUGUGCUUAUGCGGUGGGAAUGUACCUCAGCGGGAUCAUUGGGGAGCGCCUGCCCAUUCGUCUGUACCUAACUGUGGGCAUGCUGACCAGCGGCCUGUUCACCUGCCUGUUUGGACUGGGUUAUGUCUACAACAUUCACAAUAUGGGCUUCUAUAUAUUUGUCCAGGUGGCCAACGGCUUGGUCCAAACCACUGGCUGGCCCAGUGUAGUGACCUGCAUCAGCAACUGGUUUGGAAAAGGAAGGCGUGGACUCAUCAUGGGGCUGUGGAACUCUCAUACCUCAGUGGGAAACAUCCUGGGCUCUCUGAUAGCAGGCUACUAUGUCUCCUCCAACUGGGGCCUGUCCUUCAUUGUACCGGGGAUCAUCAUCGCAGUCAUGGGCGUCGUCUGCUUUUUCUUCCUCAUUGAGCAUCCAAAUGACCUGAAAAGCAUGUAUGUGCAAGAUUCUUCUCUAGGCAAGAGUGUUCCAACCAAGAGUUGGAAUAGCGUAAAUGGACACACUGAGGUGUAUCUGCAAUACAAGGACAACAAAACACAGAGUUACGACACAGAGCUGUUGUUGCCAAGAGACAGUGUGUGUGUGCCCAUGCAGCCCGUUGUGGUGGUGAAGAGGGAAUCGGAGCCGUCCGCCAUCAGCUUCAUGGGAGCUCUACGCAUACCGGGAGUGAUCGAGUUCUCUUUGUGUCUGCUGUUUGCCAAGCUGGUCAGCUACACUUUCCUUUUCUGGCUGCCGCUCUACAUCACCAAAGCAGCUCACCUUGAUGCCAAGAAGGCUGGAGAUCUCUCCACCCUGUUUGAUGUGGGAGGAAUAGUGGGGGGGAUCUUGGCAGGAGUGAUCUCUGAUCAUCUUGGAAAGAGAGCCACCACUUGUGCAGUCAUGUUGCUGCUGUCUGCUCCUACACUGUACGGCUUCUCCAUGAUCAGUGAGCUCGGUUUGGGGCCAACCAUCGGCAUGCUCUUGGUGUGUGGAGGCCUAGUUAAUGGACCGUACUCCCUCAUCACGACUGCAGUAUCUGCCGAUUUGGGGACCCACAAGAGCCUGAAAGGCAAUGCCAGGGCAUUGUCUACUGUCACUGCCAUCAUCGAUGGCACAGGAUCUGUAGGUGCAGCACUGGGCCCCCUGCUGGCUGGGCUGCUGUCUGCAGGCGGCUGGGAUCAGGUCUUCUACAUGCUGAUGACUGCUGACUUCUUUGCUCUGUUGCUUUUGCUACGGCUAGUGACAAAGGAGCUGACCUCCAACCAAUCCCAUCCCAUCUCCUCUGUAGAGUUGAAGGAGCACUGAGCACUUUGAUUGCACUGCCUCCACGUAGGAGCACACACACACACACACACACACACACACACACACACACACACACACACACACACACACACACACACACACACACACACACACACACAGGGCCAUGUUGAUUAGCGUGUGCAGUGGACACAUCGCUUAAGAGCUGCAGCAGAAAUCAUCUGGAGGAUUCGUCUUCACUUACUGUACAUGCACACUAAUCAACUUUCUGGGCCCUUUUCUCGCCUCUUCUGUUGUUGACCUUUUUGCUAUGGUACCCAAUUUUAGCUUGAACACACUACCUGGGAUUGGCGGAAAUCUAAAACUAGCCUUACUUUGAUGUGUAUAUUAGAAGUAGAAGUGACUAGAGCUAUUUAUUUUGGAUAGCAACCUUUGAAACAGCAACUUCCAUGACUGUGUCCUUAUGGAUCCUAAUGUAGUUAUCCUCCUCUUCUUCCCCUCAUAAGAACACCAAACUCUGACCUAGCCAUCACAUCUUUAACCAUAACCGACAAGUUUAAACCUAACCAUCUUAAACUAUACCUAAGGGACCAUUUUAAAUGUUAUGCCCAACCUCAGCCCUCGAAUGGGACCAUGGUGGCAUCUGGUCUGUAUGUAGACCUUUUGAAUCAUGCUGUGCUUACUAACAGCUUGAGUAGACAACAGAGUCGUUCAAGCUUUCAGGACGGGUUAAGAAUCGAGUCGUUGAAAUUGGGUUCCUUUGCCAGACACCCAAAAAAUGGCAACAGCAAAAAGUGUGCAGGUGUUUGUAAGUCAGCUUACAUAAAUGGACCUUUUCAUUCUUAAAUCAAUACAUUUCUUAGUUUGAUUUGAAGUGUUAACUUCUACUAGCAACCACCAUUGCAGCUUGCAAGUUGCCAAACAGUGACUUAAAAAUAGACAGACAGAAGGCUCUCUAAUGUUGCCGUGAGAUGAUUACUUAAAGCUUCAACCCCUCUCAUACAUGGAGCCUAGCAUGGCCCGGAAUGGUCCCCUGUUGAGUUUCUGAUCUCUAGUUAAGAGAAAACAUAAAUCCAAAAUCAGCUUAUGUAAACAUUUUAUGAAGAUGUAAAUGCAUUUAAUGGUUUUAUUUGUGCCCUAGGAUACACACAUUGCAUUUGGGUAAUACUGAAUGUAAAUAUAACUUUUGUUUGUUUUCAAGAAAAACUUCACAGUGCACCUUUUCUAAAGUCCGUUCACCUAAAUUAUGAAUGAUCUCCAAUACUUGUAGUGUGUCAGAUGCUUUAGGUUUUAUUUGUCCAGAUUAUCUCUGCUUCCACCCAGGACAAUGAUGAGUGAUUUAGUGUGUUGUUAUGACGACAUUGAAACGUGACACGACAUUCAAAAGCAGCAUCUUUCCAGAAAUAAUGUCCCUGUUAUAGAAAAUCCAUGGGCCUGAGGAAUGUAGCUCAACUCAAAACUGUUUACUGCUUGUUCUGUGGAUUAUUGCAAAUAACAGGAACACAUUUACUGUAAUGGGUGGAAUUUUCAUAUCAUUCUUGGAAUUGAUUGGGAUGGAGUCAGACAUCUCCCCCUGGAAAAAAAAACUCCACAUGGAUAGAGAAUGUUUGUGUGAUUUAUUUGAACUGAUUUCCACCUUAAUGGAAACACUAGUAGCUUCCUGUGCUCACAUAAUUGACCUGGUGCUUUUAAAAAUCUGACAAACAGUUCUGUUAAAAAGAGAGUUGAUCUCUCCUACUCUCUAUGGACAAAUGAGUUUGUGAAAUGGAUGCUGUAUAUGUGAAAGGAGCACAAACCAAGACCACUACCACUCUCCUCUUUGUGUGGAAGUUGCUGUUUCAGUGUCUUCUUUGCCUUACUGAACCAAAGAGAUUGUGGGGAUCAUGUUAAUAUAAUUUAAUUAAGAGACUACUUAUUUAAGUCAUUUAAGUUAUUCCUGUUGGUUUUGUAGCAGUUUCUGAUUUUUUUCCUGAUUUUGUUAUGAAAUGAAGGCACCAAAGGUGUAUUUUUAUAUAAGACAGAUACAGAUAAUGAGGUAUGUUUUCUGUGGCAGGUGAUCUGAGAUAUGAUGAAUGUAAUGUUCUUGUCAAAUUAGUUGACUUACUUGUCAAACCUCAUAUGGACAUGUUUUGCAAUGCAAUGUUGAUAACGUUGUGUUUAAGUAAGUUCUUAAUAGUGACUGAAUAUAAUCUUCCAAUUUAUGACCCUGUAAGCAUAAAACAUCCUAUCAAUGAAAAUCUGAACA